AUGGUCAGCAAGGAGCUGUACCCUCCCGCCUAUCACUACCGCCCCUCGCAAAACCCAUUGGCCAGAAUCGACGGAACCGCCCAGGGUGCCACCUCUGCCCAAUGCUUUCCCCUCCCCUCACUGUCGUCUGCGAUCCUCUCAGACCCCGGGUCGCAGAAGCUGAAAGCCAAUCUCAUUGAGAAUGAGGAUUAUGUGGUACUGCACGCGGAGGCUUGGAACAAGCUGGUCAGCUGGUAUGGCCAGCUACAGGGGCAACAAGCAAUUGAACGUAAGGUUAUCCAACUGUCCAAUCUCAUGGUGGAGGUGUAUCGAUUAGAGCUGGCUCUCUGUCAGUACAGCAACAUGGAUGAUCUGGUCACUGUUUCCUUCAGCAGAGCUGAUACCGUUGACAAGGUUCAGAAGGAGGCGAGGCGGAUAUUUAAGGUGGCCCCUGAGGAGGAGACGAGACUGUGGGCGCACAACGAGGACGGUUCGUACGAGAGGCUCAGGAACACUCAGGCAACUCUGAACAGCUUGUGUCUCUGCUCGGGGCAGGCGAUCGUCAUGGAAACGCGCAGCGACGACGGGACCUGGCCAACUGCACGACUACACACGACGCGAAACUCGCCAGAAAAUCACAGCUGCUACUACCAGGGUCAGCCUGGGAUCUGCGGGCUGAGUAACCUCGGGAAUACAUGCUUCAUGAACUCUGCCCUCCAGUGCCUCAGCAACACGCCUCCCCUCACUGAGUACUUCUUGAGUAACGCCUACCUCGAGGAGUUGAACCUGGAUAAUCCCCUGGGGAUGCAGGGGGAGAUUGCAGAGGCCUACGCAGACAUCAUUAAACAGAUGUGGUCUGGCCGGCACUAUACUGUCAUCCCCAGGGUGUUCAAGACCCGGGUGGGACAUUUUGCCCCCCAGUUCUCGGGGUUUCAGCCCCAUGACUCCCAGGAGCUGCUGGCGUUCCUCCUGGAUGGCCUACACGAGGACCUGAACCGAGUGCGAAGGAAGGAGUAUGUGGAACUGAAAGAUGCAGCAGGAAGGGACGAUGAGGUCGUGGCAAUGGAAGCUUGGGCCAAUCACCAUCGCAGGAAUGACUCCAUCAUCGUUGACAUUUUCCACGGCCUCUUUAAGUCCACGCUGGUGUGUCCCGAGUGCAGCAAAGUCUCCAUCACCUUUGACCCCUUCUGCUACCUCAGUGUCCCCCUCCCUGUCAGCACUGAGAGAGUGCUCGAGGUCUUCCUGGUCCCCAUGGACCCACACUCCAAACCAAUCCAGCACAGGGUGGUUGUUCCAAAGGCUGGAAAACUCUGGGAUCUUUACAUCGCCCUUUCCAAGCUCUCUGGGAUCGCUCCGGAUAAGUUAGUGGCCGCUGACGUUUUCAACCAUCGGUUUUACAAACUGUUCCAGACCGACGACCUGCUCAGCACCAUUCUCGAUCGGGAUGAUAUAUUUGUCUUUGAGGUGACCAACAACAUGGAGGAUGAGCAGGAGAAUGAUGCCGUGGUACUGCCCGUGUAUUUCCGCGAAAAGGUGGGCUACAGGGGCUACAGCACAUCCACCUACAUGUUCGGGCACCCCCUGCUCGUGUCUGUGCCCCGGGCCCAGCUCAACUGGGAGGCUCUGUACGAGAUCCUCCUGCAACGGCUCAGGUACGUCACAGCAGGGGGGAGUGAAGGAGCGAACUCGGGGACCCCUACACCGGCUCCGAUACCCAACGCCAGCCCAGAACAUGCCAACACUGAGGUGGAGCCCAGCGCACUGUCAGUCGAGGGGGUCACAUCCCCCACCCCUGGGGACGGGUGCAGUGAGACAGAGGGCGACUCUGAGGGGGCACAGCCCUCCCUGGACAAAAGGCCACUGAAGAAGCACAAAGCACGGGGGUCACAGAGACCCAUUUUCACCUUCCAGCAUGUCAAUGCCAACGGAGUGACCGAGCGGGGCACACCAGACUGCAGCAGGAUCAACGUCAACAGCCAGAUGUACAUCGCGUUGGACUGGGAUAGUGACAUGAAGAAACUUCACUACGAUGAGCUUGAGGCUGAGAAAUAUGUCAAGGAUCGCAGCAUGGGGAUCAUGCCCAAAAAGGCGACAGUCAGUUUGAAGGAAUGUAUUGAUCUGUUUACAACAAAAGAGACACUGGAGGAGGAGAAUCCCUGGUACUGCCCUGUUUGUAAGGAACACCAGUUGGCCACCAAGAAAUUUGACCUGUGGUCGCUGCCCGAGGUCCUGAUCAUUCACCUCAAGCGAUUCUCGUAUACCCGCUUGUGGAAGGAGAAGCUCGAUACGCUGGUGGAGUUCCCACUCAGGUCAGUGCCUGCCGCUCUGCGCGUGGGAUCCUCCUGGGUUGGGGGGGUGCCCCUCCCACCCGCUGACAGUCGCAGCUAG